AUGGCGGAAAGGGCAUUGAUGGUGCGGAAGCACAAUGGCGCCUUGCAGAAGUUUGAUGAAAAAAAGGUCUUUGCACGGAUCCAGCGCGUGUCUCAUGGGUUAGACUUGAGGUACGUCGAUGUUAAGGCGUUGACGGAUACAGUAGUAAGUGGCGUCCACGAUGAAAUCUCCACAACAGACCUGGACAAACUCGUUGCUGAGACCGCCGCCUAUGCGGUAACAAAGCACCCCGACUAUGGUAUAAUGGGUGGGCGCCUCUGUGUGACGGGGCUGCACAAAAAAACCAGGGCUUCCGUGCUGGAGACAUUUUCUAUCCUUCACGAUCAUAAAAUUCAUAGCACGGGCCGAUCAGCUUCUCUGGUAUCGGAGGAAGUGUGGGAAAUUGUUAAAAAGCACCAUGAACAGCUUCAGGACAUCAUCGACUAUGACCGAGACUUACGAUUUGAGUUUUUUGGUUUCAAAACACUCGAGCGGUCAUAUCUGCUGCGUGUGCAGAAAGGACAUGGUGAGAGUGAGGUUGUGGAGCGUCCGCAGCACAUGUUUUUACGUGUGGCUCUUGGCAUUCACGCUUGGGAUCUAGAGCGCGUCAAGGAGACGUAUGAUCAUAUGUCACUUGGAGACUUCACUCAUGCCACGCCAACGCUUUUUAACUCUGGAACGCCAUUCCCGCAAAUGAGUUCUUGCUUUCUUGUGGCCAUGCGUGAAGACAGUAUUGAGGGGAUCUAUGACACAUUAAAGCAGUGCGCCGUUAUCAGUAAGUCAGCUGGUGGGAUUGGCGUCCACGUGCACAAUAUCCGCUGCGCUGGAAGUUACAUUGCAGGGACAAAUGGCAUGUCUAACGGACUUGUGCCGAUGCUACGUGUUUGGAACAACACAGCGCGCUACGUAGACCAGGGGGGUGGCAAGCGUAAAGGUGCCUUCGCCAUCUACUUGGAGCCUUGGCAUGCUGAUAUCUUUAACUUUCUUCUUCUUAAGAAAAACACAGGGAAGGAGGACCAGCGUGCGCGAGAUUUGUUCUACGCUCUUUGGAUUCCUGACCUUUUUAUGGAGCGUGUAAGAAGUGGUGGGAUAUGGACGCUGAUGGAUCCGCACACGGCGCCAGGGCUGAGUGACUGCUAUGGGGAUGAGUUUAAGGAGUUGUACGAAAGAUACGAGAAGGAAAAUCGCGGUGUGAAGACCGUUCAGGCUCAGUCAGUGUGGUUUGCCAUCCUUGAGCUACAGAUAGAAACGGGUGUGCCUUUCAUGGUUUAUAAAGAUGCAUGUAACCGUAAAUCCAAUCAGAAGAAUGUUGGAGUCAUUAAGUGCUCAAACCUUUGUACAGAGAUUAUCGAGUAUACAUCAAAGGAUGAGGUUGCUGUGUGCAACCUCGCAUCCAUUGCUCUCCCGCGAUUUGUGGAUAAGGAGAAGAAAAGCUUCGAUCAUCAGCGAUUGUACCAAGUCACGAAGGUCGUUACGAAAAACCUCAAUCGUGUUAUUGAUCGUAACUACUAUCCCGUACCAGAGGCACGCCGAAGCAACGAGCUCAAUCGUCCGGUUGGAAUUGGUGUGCAGGGAAUGGCGGAUACAUUUAUCUUGCUGCGGCUACCUUUUACCUGCCAGAAGGCGAGGACUCUGAAUGAGGAUAUCUUUGAAACCAUUUACUACGGUGCUGUGGAGGCGAGCGUGGAACUCGCAGAAGCGGAGGGACCAUAUGCGCGGUUUGAAGGCAGUCCUGCAUCACAAGGACUGCUGCAGUUUGAUCUGUGGGAGGCAAAGCCACGAAGUGGCCGUUGGGAUUGGGAUGCACUGAAGCAACGGGUCAUGAAAAGUGGGAUGCGGAAUUCUCUGCUGUUGGCUCCAAUGCCAACUGCAUCCACAUCACAAAUUUUGGGGAACAAUGAGUGUUUUGAGCCCUUUACCUCAAAUAUAUACGUGCGUCGUGUGCUGAGCGGUGAGUUCCCAGUGGUUAACAAAUACCUUGUGAUGGAUCUCGUUGAGCGUGGACUCUGGGACGAAGAUAUGCGCAAUCAGAUUAUUGCCUACAAUGGCUCUGUGCAAAGCAUUAGGGGUAUCCCAAAUGAUCUAAAGGAUCUCUACCGUGUUGUAUGGGAGAUUCGGCAGAAGGACCUCAUUGAAAUGGCCGCGGACCGCGGCAAGUUUAUUGACCAGAGUCAGAGCCUGAACCUGUUUUUGGAAAAUCCAACCUCCAGCCAACUGACGUCCAUGCACUUUUUUGCGUGGGAUCGUGGCCUCAAGACGGGUAUGUACUACUUGCGGAGCAAACCGGCUGCGGAUGCAAUCAAGUUCACCAUUGAUCCAAACACCUUGAAGGAUAUAAGGGAGGAGAAUCAAAUACAGUCAUCCUCGGCAACACCGAAUAACGGAGGUUGCUUGAACUGUGGCUCGUGA